ACGUGAGAGAGACAAACAACAAAACACAGAGUAGUAAAGAAAGUCUUUCUUGCUAUUAGUUAGGAGUUUGAAUGGUUGUUUGUCUGUAAUGGGUUGUAUCUGCGCCACCGCGCGUUCUCCAAACGCCGCCGUUACAAACACUGACCUAUUGGAUUCCAGCAAAUCCAUCCUUCAGCUUCUCCCUCCUCCUCCUCCGUCCUCUUCAUCUAAAACGGAAGGAUCUUUCACAAUCACACGUCCGAACUCUUCAGCUUCCAUCACCGUCGUGGCUAAUGGUUAUCCAGUGGCGCGCCGUCCCUCCACCUCCUCUGAUCGAAACAGCAAUAACCCGGUAGUUGUUGUCGGAGCUCCGACAAGGGACCCUACAAGAAGAGUCACGGCUAUGCCGGUGGCGCAGCCCACGCAGAAGACAGAGAGUUUGACCGGAAAUAAAACAGAACCCACUAGCGGAGAAUGGCCGUCUUGGUUGGCUUCUGUUGCCGGAGAAGCCAUCAAGGGUUGGACUCCUCGCUGUGCAGAUUCCUAUGAGAAGUUAGACAAAAUUGGGCAGGGGACUUACAGCAGCGUGUAUAAAGCCAGAGACCUUGAAACAGGAAAGAUUGUGGCGAUGAAGAAAGUUCGGUUUGUUAACAUGGAUCCAGAGAGUGUCCGGUUUAUGGCCAGGGAGAUUCUCAUUCUUCGUAAGCUUGAUCACCCUAAUGUCAUGAAGCUUGAAGGUCUGGUCACCUCUAGGCUCUCAGGUAGUCUCUACCUUGUCUUUGAGUACAUGGAACACGACCUCGCAGGUCUAGCCGCAACUCCUGGAAUCAAAUUCUCUGAAACUCAGGUAUUAUUAUUUAUUUACCUAUAUUUAGUUUUCUCUACAAAACAUAACAGUUUUGAAAAAAAAACUCAAGUGACUUUUGUUUUUCAGAUAAAAUGCUAUAUGCAACAGUUGUUUCGUGGUCUUGAACAUUGCCACAGAAGAGGAAUCCUGCACCGUGAUAUUAAGGGAUCUAAUCUUUUGAUUAAUAACGAAGGUGUUUUGAAGAUUGGUGACUUCGGUUUGGCUAAUUUUUACCGGGGUGAUGGAGAUCUCCAGCUGACAAGUCGCGUUGUAACCUUAUGGUACAGAGCGCCUGAGCUGCUUCUUGGUGCAACUGAAUAUGGACCAGCCAUAGACCUCUGGAGCGCCGGAUGCAUUCUCACUGAGCUCUUCGCUGGAAAGCCAAUCAUGCCAGGACGCACAGAAGUGGAGCAGAUGCACAAGAUCUUUAAGCUCUGUGGUUCACCCUCGGAAGAUUACUGGAGAAGGGAAACUCUGCCACUUGCAACAAGCUUUAAACCAAGUCACCCUUACAAGGCUGUUCUUGCUGAGACCUUCAGUCAUUUCCCUGUAUCAGCUCUGACACUCAUACACAAGCUACUGGCGAUAGAACCUGAGAAACGUGGAUCAGCUGCUUCUGCAUUGAGGAGCGAGUUCUUCACCACGGAGCCUCUCCCUGCUAAUCCAUCAAGCUUACCUAGAUACCCACCAAGCAAGGAGCUUGACGCUAAGCUUCGCAACGAAGAAGCAAGAAAAGUAAAGGCAGAGGAUAACAAGAGAAGAGGGGGAGAGACAGUGACAAGAGGGAGACAAAAAGAUCUUAAAACUGCGCAGACACCUGAGUUUAUAGCCGCAGGGCAGUCUAAGGUCACAUGCAUAAGCCAUAAGUUCAAAACAGACGAGGAAGGUGGCACAGGGUUUAGGAUUGAACCACCUAGAAGAGGGAUCCAGCAGAAUGGCUACGGUCAUGCUUCUACAAUGGUUCACCCAAGUGUUUCUGAUACAGAAUGGAACAGAGGAGGAAGCAUCAGAAGGCAAACUAAUGCAGAGCUGAAGUCUAGGAUAACACAAACAGGAGACUUGUCUGGUGAUUCUUGUAGGAGAGGUUCCAACAGAGAUUACUCAACCGGAAACGCACCGAGGAAAAACAGGAUUCAUUACUCAGGACCAUUGAUGCCUCCUGGUGGAAAUCUUGAUGAAAUGCUCAAAGAGCACGAGAAGCAGAUCCAACAAGCUGUCCGCAAAGCUCGUGUAGAAAAGUCAGGGCAACAGCAGCGUUACAGAGGAAGAGAUGCUCGGUAGUUAAAAGAGAGAGAGAGUGAGAGUGAGAGAAGAAAAAUUAAAACAACAUAGCAACAUGUUUUUGAGGUUUACAUCAAAGCCAUAGAAACUCAUCAAGCGUUUUGUUUGGGCUUUUAAGUGCGUGAAGCCAGUCAAACUUCCUUUUGUACAUACACCCAAGGUUUCUGUUGACUUGAG